AUGAUAACUGCAUAUAUAAUUAAAGGAAUUUUGGCACCUUUGAUCUUAGUGAUCCUAUAUUCAAAUUCAAAGGCGUUACAAAAUUAGGAAUAAUAAUUAAGAAGCUUUUGGGAGAAUAUCUUUGGAGAAGUAUAUUAGAUUAGAAAGCAAACGUUUGUUAAAAAUUCAGCCUUCAAGCCUGAAUAUAAUGUAAAUCAAAUAAAAUAGUAGUUAGCAAUCUCGUUAUAAUGUGGCUGAAUCUCCUGUUUACUGUAAAAAGAGUGACUCAUAUAAAAUGACUCAUCCUGAUGUAGUAUUGUAGGAUUACUAUGUGUGGAGAGAUUAUCCCCCUUCUAAUUUACCAAAAAAGAUAACAUUAGAUAGAACAUUUGCAGUAUUAGAUAAAGUAAGUCCUACUAAGACUGCCUCAUACAAAUAUGAAAAUUAAUUGCCACUCUAACUUGGAUUUAUUUAUACAACUGUUUCUACAUUAUUCAACAACUAUAUUUGGGGCAAGGGAUUAGGAUGUGCAUUGCAAAAAUAUAGUCAUAUACCAGGAAAGAGUUCUGUGGCAAUGAAAAACUAAUUAAUUGACAAUUUUAUGAAGUACGUAAGAGAUUUUGAAAAGAAGAACAUCACUAAUCCAGAAUGUAAGAGGAAUGCAUCAUUCAUACCUGAGACAUAUAGAUUGAAUGAUGAGAAUGAUUGUAAGGCCUUCUUCGAAACAUUCAAAACAAGUGAUUAUUAGAAGAAAUUCAAAAAAUAUGGGCCAUAAUAUAUUUUGAAAACUAAUUAACAUAGAGGAGAAGGAAUUACAGUAUUGUUUGAAAAUGAGACAAAAGAGUUGUAAGAGGAAUAUAAUCAUGGAGAAGAAUGUGGAAAUAUCUCAAAAUAAGUAAUUGCUCAAAGAUAUAUAUCAAAUCCAUUUUUAUAUAAAGGACACAAGAUUGAAUUUAGAAUCUAUUAUACCAUUAUUUCAACAAAACCAGUCAUUGCAUAUUCAUAUUCAAGGUAAUUACUAUCUUUAUUCAUAUAAUAGAGCAUUAAUUAAAAGAUGUGCAAAGCCAUUUAGUGUCCAUUCCACUGAAAAGGGAGCACACGUUUGUAAUACAGCAAUUGUGAAAAACUUAGUGAAAACAGACAAAGAUGAUGAUGAGAUUGAAGAUGAAGAAUUCUUUAUCGAUUGGUAUCUGGAGGGACUAGAAGAUUUGUUAAUUAAAUAGGGAAGAGCCAAGAAAGGAUGGCUCCAAGCCUAUCUUUAUCCCAAGAUUCAUAGAUCUUUAAUACAUAUGACUAUAGCUACCUACCGUUCAUUUGCAAGAGAUAGCACGUACUCAUCUUUCUUUAUGUAGGUUUGGAGAGUUCUUUGCAGUUGAUUUUCUACUUGAUGAUAAUCUAGAUGUCUGGGUUUUAGAAGUCAAUUAUAACCCAUAAGUUCUGAGUGUUACUCCUGACAGAAUAAAGAGAAAUUAUAAGAUGUUAGAAGAUCAUUUCGAAUUGCAAUAUGCCUAUAUCAAGAGCAAAUUAUAUAGGUUGCAGUAACUUGGUAAAGCACUUUUGAAGAAAGAUGCCAAAUCUAUUCUUAAUCAACCUAAAUAAGUUGAAGAAUUGUUAAGAGAUAAACUAGAAUCCCAGUUUGAACUUAGUAAGGAUAACUUAUAUAUAAAAAUCAUGGAUGAAGGUUUACCAGGGACUUAGGCAUACACCAAUUUAAUAUCUAAAGAGUGUCUUAAAUGA